AUGACUACCACAAGCAUCCACGAUCUCCCUACGGAGAUGCUGUCUCACAUCUUCAGCUUCCUCGACAGUCCGGCCCCUUCUGACGAGCGUCUCCACGACCAGCCCCAUGCACACAUGCUCAAGGAGCCCGACCUCUCGUCCCAGAACCUCAAGAACCUGUCACUCGUUAACAAGCAAUGGCGUGCCACUGUUCUCCCCCUUCUGUUCCGGAACGCGGUAUGGUACCUGGACCAGUCCGACCUGUCUCUGGUUGAUCUCGAGCAGUCCAGUGGUCCUCACUCUAUGAUACCCCUGUUGUCCUUUGUACGAGACAACAACCUCACACCAUAUGUGAAAACCCUGACUCUCGUAGUGGUAAAGAGCACACGAGUUAGGUCCACUGGCGGGGCCGGCGUGGAACUAAACCGGCCAGGAGACGACGAGAUCAGCCCAGACCCUUUCGGCCCCUUGAACCGCGCUGGACGAGAGAGGGAUAUGGUCUUCAACGAGGACACAAACUGGCUAUGGAACCUCAUUUUUGACCUGCUCGACCCUCUGCGUUUCACAAUCAUUGCGUCGCCCCGGACGCUAGCAUCACUGCUGGCCAGAAUGCUCUUCCUCGGUGACGCCUGGAGCUUUUACCAGUCACAUCACGUGCUGUCUUUGUCCCGGACCCAACCCAAGAUCGCGAGUCCCGGCAAGGAAGACGAAGUUGUGGCUACACACCAAGAGGCAGAACCGUCCACUUCCCUCGGUCCCGCAAGCGCAGCCCAAUCCUCGUCGUCGUCGUCGUCGUCGUCGUCGUCGUCGGUCACACACACAGCAAGACGUAUACCUUGCUCUCUCUUCACCAUCCGCCCCUGGAAGGCGCUUCUCCUCAACGAGGGUUCUUCAACCCGCGUGUACAAGACAUACGAGUACUAUCACAGACGCCCACCAUCCAUGCUUGGUGCUCUUCUCGGGGCUGAGGAGUUCCCCAACGACGAGGCCCUGAUCCCUUCAACGAUCCGCGAUCUUAGUUAUGUUGGAAUCUUUCCAUUGUCCACGCAUUUCAAUACCCUGGUGCAACACCUCCCGCGGAUCGAUCGGCUUUUCGUGCAGCUCGUACCAAGAAACGAUAUUCUCAAAGACAAAAAGGAGAUGGAGCAUCUGGACAUGGACGAUCUAUGGGCUGAGCGUAAUACGAGCUACAAGAUCAUGCCCAAGUUGUUCGAUAGCUCCAGCUCCGCGGGCAACUGGCGCCACCUCCAGGUCUUUGAGUCAGGAGAUGCAGCAGAUCGUGAGAGCUGGGAUAUGGCGGUGGAAUACGUGAGACACUUCGGUGCCGAAUGGAGGGUUGAACGAGAGGGUGUCUUUGUGAAGCGACAGCCAGGGGAGGACGAGAACGAUGCGAACCAUGGUGGGCAGUUCUCUGCCACGGGGGCAUCUCAUGCCCAUCACGAUGCCGAGGAGACGGACACAGGCUUUAGUAGCGAUGAGGAUGGCGUGGACGAGCCUGGUCCGGUGUUCUUCGGUGCUGGAAUCAUCCUCGACUACCUGUACUACCUAUGA